AUAAACUCAGCCAAACAAACAGGGAAAAAAAAAAAUCCAUUCCAUUGUUUCUCCACCCAGCACUGCCUUUUUUUUUUUUAGGAAGGAAAAAAAAGAAAAGAAAAGACAGAGAAAAAUCGGGAAACAACCCUCGAUUGUUAAGACACCUACAACCUGCAGCACCAUUGUUUUGGUUUCUUCCAUUCUACCUGUCGCGUCCUCCCCCCGGGUUCUCUCUGUCUAGUCGCAGCUGUUUCUGCGGAUUGAGGAAAGAUGCAGCACAACAUUUUUACCACAAUGCGUAGCCUGAAGAUGAUAGAUGGAUGCAAGGGCACCCAAAUAUACGCCCUUAAUCCAUUCGCCGGGACCACCACAAAUACGGGAACUGGUGGUGUAGGGGAGAAGUUCCUACACCACAUCCAUGAUCACCUCAGGGUCAACUCCAUCAGGUCCAAAUCUAAUCGCAACUUUCAAAACUUCCAACCCAAUAAUUAUGCGAAUUCUGAUAACGUCAAGCAAACCUUGGCGAUUUAUGGCCUCCCCCAAACUGAUCUCAUUGAGCCCCACAUCGAGCCUAAUCUUAAAUUUGUCAACUUUGUGGAAGCCUUAGCUGAUCUUUAUACCAGAAUUCAGGCCUGUUCCGAAUUCGAGAAAUCAGGAAUGUAUCUUGAGCAAUGUGCAAUGUAUAAGGGGUUGCCCGACCCGAAAUUGUUUAGGAGGAGCCUGAGGUUGGCCAGGGAGCAUGCCGUUGAUGUGCAUUCUAAGGUGGUACUCUCCACCUGGUUGAGGUUUGAGAGGAGAGAGGAUGAGCUUAUUGGGAUAUCGGCAAUGGAUUGUUGUGGGCGAAGCAUGGAAUGCCCUAGGACUUCAUUGGUGUCAGGUUACAAUCCCGAAUCAAUCCAUGAUCCCUGCAGGUGUACUAGGAGUCCAAAGGAAGAUGAGGAUGACGAUUUUGCUGCGACAGACGAGGAAUGCUCAACGUCAUGGAAUCACGAGGAGGUUGAUGAAGAUGACUUGGACAUGUCGUUUUUUAUUGGGGACGAUGAGAUCAGGUGUAGUAGAUAUAAGAUUUCAUCGCUUUCGAGACCAUUCUGGGCAAUGCUGUAUGGUGGCUUCAUGGAAUCACGUAGAGAGAAAAUAAAUUUUUCAAAGAACGGCAUAUCUGCAAAGGCAAUGAGGGCUGCAGAGGUGUUUAGCAGGAUAAAAACCGUGGAUUCUUUUGAUGAAGAUACUGUCUUGCAACUUCUAGGGUUGGCUAACAUGUUCUGCUGUGAGGAGAUGAAGUCUGCUUGCGAUGCAUAUUUGGCAUCUCUGGUCGUUGAUAUGGAGAGUGCCAUGCUACUUAUCGAGUACGGCUUGGAGGAGACGGCACAUCUCCUGGUGGCAGCUUGCUUGCAGGUGUUCUUGAGGGAACUCCCAAGCUCAAUGCACAAUCCAAAUGUCAUGAAAUUUUUUUGCAAUUCUGAUGCCAAGGAAAGGCUGGCUAUGGUGGGACAUGCGUCGUUCUUGCUUUACAAUCUUUUGAGCCAGAUUUCAAUGGAAGAGGACAUAAAGUCAAACACAACGGUGAUGCUGUUAGAAAGGUUGGGAGAAUGUGCAAGCGAAUGCUGGCAGAAACAACUUGCUUUCCACCAGCUGGGAUGCGUAAUGCUUGAAAGGAAAGAGUACAAGGAUGCUCAGAAAUGGUUUAGGGCGGCUGUAGAUGCUGGUCAUGUUUACUCCACCGUUGGUUUUGCAAGGGCUAAAUACAAGCGCGGUCACAAAUAUAGGGCAUAUAAGUUGAUGAACUCCCUCAUUUCUGAUCACACACCAUCCGGGUGGAUGUAUCAAGAAAGAUCUUUAUAUUGUAAUGGAAAAGAGAAACUGAUGGAUUUAAGUACAGCGACUGAAUUGGAUCCAACUCUUUCAUAUCCAUACAAGUACAGGUCUGUCUCAAUGGUGGAGGAGGAGGAUAAGCUUGAGGCAGCUAUUUCAGAGAUCAACAAAAUAAUUGGUUUCAAGGUUUCUCCUGAUUUCCUUGAGCUGCGUGCUUGGUUUUUAAUUUCCAUGGAGGAUUAUGAAGGAGCCCUAAGAGAUGUUCGAGCACUUCUAACUUUAAAUCCCCACUACAUGAUGUUUCAUGGAAAGAUGCAGGGUGACCAUUUGGUGGAGCUCCUGCGUCAUCAUGUUCAAGAGUGGAGUCAAGCUGAUUGCUGGAUGCAAUUGUAUGACAGAUGGUCUUCUGUAGAUGAUAUUGGAUCACUAGCUGUGGUACAUCAUAUGUUGACUAUUGACCCAGGAAAAAGCCUCUUGAGAUUCCGACAAUCUCUCCUACUUCUACGGUUAAAUUGCCACAAGGCUGCAAUGAGAAGUCUGAGGAUGGCGCGAAAUCUUGCUACGUCUGAGCAUGAGAGGCUUAUUUAUGAAGGAUGGAUUUUAUAUGACACAGGUUAUCAUGAGGAAGCAAUAGCUAAAGCUGAGGAAUCCAUCUCUAUGCAGAGAUCAUUUGAAGCCUAUUUCUUAAAAGCUUAUGUUUUGUCUGAAACAAAUCCAGACGCCGAAUCUUCACUAUAUGUUAUACAACUUUUGGAGGAAGCUCUUAGGUGCCCUUCAGAUGGCCUGAGGAAGGGACAAGCAUUAAGUAAUCUGGCAAGUAUCUACGUAGAUGUUGACAAGCUGGAUAAUGCUGUUGAUUGCUACAUGAAUGCUUUAAAUAUUAAGCAUACAAGAGCUCAUCAAGGAUUAGCACGGGUAUACCAUCUUAAAAAUUUGCGGAAAGCUGCAUAUGAUGAGAUGACUAAGUUGAUUGAAAAAGCAAGAUAUAAUGCAUCAGCAUAUGAAAAACGCUCAGAAUAUUGUGAUGGUGAAAUGGCUAAAAGUGAUCUAAGCAUGGCAACGCAGUUAGAUCCCUUGAGAACAUAUCCAUACAGAUAUAGAGCAGCAGUUCUAAUGGAUGACCACAAGGAGGCUGAAGCAAUUGCAGAGCUCACCAAGGCCAUAACUUUUAAGCCAGACCUACAGCUGCUCCAUCUCCGAGCAGCAUUUCAUGACUCAAUGGGUGACAAUUCUUCCACUCUCCGGGAUUGUGAAGCAGCACUGUGUCUUGAUCCCAACCAUGCUGAUACACUGGAGCUGUAUCAGAAAACACGGGAGCGGGCUAAUGAGCUGCAAACAUGAGGAAGCAAGAGACUAUCAGAUUCUGCUUGAUGGACUCCUGAGUGGGGAUCAGUUUAUUGCCACCACCUUGUUGUUCUUGUCGCACAAGGGCCACCAUUGUCCUCAUUAAUCUUCUGGAUUUGUCUUUUUAAGAAUCCAGCUUAGAUGGUCAAUGCCCAUACAUCUAGCAGGAGAAGCUAGAGGAAUUUCUAGAUCAGAGAAAUGACAGAGAAACUAGCAUGGAUCAGAUUGUAAAUACAAGCAUACAGUUUUCUUGUCAAUGAUGUAUCAAACUCAUGCACUUCAUAGCAGAGUGCUCUUGUUCC